AUGUCGCACGCGUGCGCCGCUCGCCACUCCUGCUCCUCCGUCGUUGCUGUCAUUUCGCACCGCGGCCGCGCUGCGUUAUUACGCCGCUUCUCGUCGGCCGCCCGCGCGCCACCCGUCAUCGACCUCUCGCCUCUGCGCGACGGCGGGCUCUCCUCCUCGUCGCCGCUCGUUCGCGAGGUGGCCGACGCGUGCGAGCAGUGGGGCUUCUUUCAAGUGGUCAACCACGGCGUCGACGAGGACCUGUGCGCGCGGGCGGAGGAGCAGCAGCGCGCCUUCUUUGCGCUGCCGAUGGAGGUCAAGGAGUGCAUGCGACGCUCGGCCGACAACAGCCGCGGCUGGUACAACGACGAGCUGACAAAGCAAAGGCGCGACUGGAAGGAGGGCCUCGACUUUGGCAGCACGCCUCCGAUGGACUGGUCGCUCGCCGACGCUGACGCUCGCAACGGCACCCUCGACAGCAGCAGCUUCCCUGGCACCCUCGACGGGUACAACCGCUUCCCGCCCGCCGACCUGCUGCCGUCCUUUCGACCGACGAUGCUCGAGUACUACGACGCCCUCGCCGGCGUCGCGACGGGGCUGGCGCGCCCUCGGGGAGAUCUAGGCAUAUACAUCACAGGAAGGCAUGCGCCAAAGCGAGAGGCCGUGAAUAGGCGCGACUCUUCUCGCUUGGGCUCGGCGUGCCAGCCGAGACGCAUCGAGCUGCUCCUCGGACCGUGCAUGCCCGCCGACUUCUUCGAGCCGUACCUGCGCCGCACGCAGCACACCUCGUACUUGCGCCUCAACUACUACGCGCCGUACACGGGCGAGGACCCGACCCAGCUCUGCAUCUCGCCGCACAAGGCGGGGUGGAUGCCACCACCGACGCUCCUGCGAGACGCGGGCUUCUUGACGGUGUUGCGCCAGGACGUCGGCUGCCACUCGCUUCAGGUUCGCGACCGGCAGGCGCCCGACGGGUGGGUGACGGUGCGGCCGGAGCCGGCCGCCUUCACCAUCAACACGGGCGACAUGGCGCAGAUCUACAGCAACAACCGCUACCACGCGCCAGAGCACCUCCGAGAUGCGCCCGAGCACCGCGUGCUCACUUCGCCGAGCACGCCGCGCUACUCGGCCCCCUUCUUCUACAACCCGGCAUACACCGCCGCCGUGCAGCCGCUGCCUUCGCUCGGCGCGCCGCACUUCGACCGGUGCGUCUGGGGCUACUUCCGGGCGAUGCGUUUCGCGGGCGACUUUGCCGACUACGGCGAGGAGAUCCAGAUCUCCGACUUCGCGAAGGGGAGCGACUCGUGGCACGUGAGCAACCAGUCGCGCUUCAUGGCCGAGGUCGACUUCGACGCGUCGUUCGACGUGGAGGCGAUGCGGCCGCUGCUGACGAGGAGCAGCGCCUGAGACGCAUAGGACUUUCGCGCGCGACCGCCCGGAUUGCCGCUAUUUACUAGGAUCUUGAAGUAUUAAUUAGACUGUGGGAGUCAAAGAGGAACGCUGUCGAGUACGUGUCGAUAUAUGAUCGUUCGUGACAUCGCAUUGCUGGGCCA